AUGAAAAAGUAAUAGAUGAAAGAGUCUGUACUUUCUGAUUUAAUUUAUUUAAGGUGCAGAAAUAAAUCUAUAGUGUUAGAUGUCAGGACAAUGGUUAUCCUUGGAAGAAGGAAGUAACUGGAGAGAAGUAUGAAGAGGUCUCUGGGGUGCUGGUGAUUGUCUGUUUCUUGAUGUGGAUGCUAUAACAUGUAUGUGUUCAGUCUGUGAAAUUCUUUGAGCUAUCCAUUUGUGAUUUAUAUGAUACAUUUUUUACAUGAAUAUUACACUUCAAAAAAGAUUUUAGCAAUGUCGAUCACAGACCCCACAGCAGACCUAUGGAAUCAGAAUAUCUGGGAGUGGGAACUCAGGACCUUGCAUUUUAAAAAUCUCUGUCCUAAGUUUUUCUUAGGACUACUUGAUUUUGAGAAUCUUUGCUAAAGGAAGAAGAUUAGAUAAAUAUUCUUCCAAUGCCCAAGAUUUCUUCAAUUCUAUCCUAACAAUAAAUAUUUCUUAGAAAAGAAAUUUUUGAUUUCCUUGCAUCAUUUACCUUCUUCCUGUUAGGAAAAUGCACAUCAUGUUUUAGGUGCUGAGACACAGGACUAAGAAAUCAAUGGCAUAAAAAUGCAGAGUUUAAUAUUUUUUCUUUAAAACUAUUAUCCUAAGGUGUCAUACAUACUAUAACAUAUGACUAUCUGGAAGAGUGGAAACAAUUUUAUUGAGGCCUUGUAAAAUAUGGCAGGUUCUAGGACCUCAUGGAACUCAGGUAUCUUCAGGAGGAUGUGAAACAUCACAUCAUGGGGCGUGGUGCAGUGUGAGAAGGUAAAGAAAAGCCAGUUCUUCCACAUGUAAACACUUGAACUCCAUUUCAUCUUUUUUCAUACCAUCCCUAAGAUUGCGGCAGCUUUCACAUUUGCUUGUUAAACUGAAAGCAUGUUUCUUGCAAAGGCUCUAUUGGAAGGAGCAGAUCGAGGUCUUGGAGAAGCUCUUGGAGGCCUCUUUGGAGGAGGUGGUCAGAGAAGAGAAGGAGGAGGAAGAAAUAUUGGAGGGAUAGUUGGAGGAAUUGUGACUUUUAUCAGUGAGGCUGCAGCGGCUCAGUAUACUCCAGAACCGCCUCCUAUUCAACAGCAUUUCACCAAUGUGGAGGCCUCAGAAAGUGAGGAAGUUAGGCGAUUUCGGCAACAAUUUACACAGCUGGCUGGACCAGAUAUGGAGGUGGGUGCCACUGACCUGAUGAAUAUUCUCAACAAAGUCCUUUCUAAGCACAAGGAUCUGAAGACCGACGGUUUUAGUCUUGACACCUGCCGGAGCAUUGUAUCUGUCAUGGACAGUGACACGACUGGGAAGCUGGGCUUUGAAGAAUUUAAGUAUCUAUGGAACAACAUCAAGAAAUGGCAGUGUGUUUAUAAGCAGUAUGACAGGGACCAUUCUGGAUCUCUGGGAAGUUCUCAGCUGCGGGGAGCUCUGCAGGCUGCAGGCUUCCAGCUAAAUGAACAACUUUACCAAAUGAUUGUCCGCCGGUAUGCUAAUGAAGAUGGAGAUAUGGAUUUUAACAAUUUCAUCAGCUGCUUGGUCCGCCUGGAUGCCAUGUUUCGUGCCUUCAAGUCUCUGGAUAGAGAUAGAGAUGGCCUGAUUCAAGUGUCUAUCAAAGAGUGGCUGCAGUUGACCAUGUAUUCCUGAAGUGAGCACUGAGAAGUCAAGAGGAGGACAGGAGGACAGGACUGAAAACCUUGCCAUGCUGUACGCAGUUGCUGAUACCCUGUGCAACAGCUGUCAUUUCCUGGCGAGCUCUUUCACAACCCUACGUAUUUCUGAUUGUGUGCUGCCUUUUACUGCUGAAUUAAAACAGAUAUUUCAU